ACCCCAGCCCCUCCUGCUCUCUAGAGUCCCCCACCCCUAGAAGUCCUGGUCCUCUCUCCUCUCGUGGUCCCCAGUCCUUGCUGCCACCCCUAGCCCCCCCAGCCCUGAUGCCCCCUGGCCUUCCCAAGGCCUUGUCUCACACUCACACCCCACACUGUGUUAGCUAGGAUGUGGGCAGCCCUGUGCUCCCCCCCACUGCAUUAGAUAGGAUGAGGAGGCCUGUAUCCUCACCCCCCCACACACAUUAGGAUAGGGGGCCCUGUGCCCUCGCCGCCCCACUUUGUUAAGAACUAACAAAAAGUGACAAGCGAGGAGCCUUUCCUUCCUUCACACCCAGACAGUCACACCUACGGCCUCUGCACGCCCCUGCUGAUUGCACUCUACACCAACACCAGCUCAGGUCCAGACCAUCUCAAGUUCCCACUGUGUAUAACAAGGCAGACAGGCUGCUGCAUCUGGACCCAGUGGAGCUUUCUCCAGAAUAAUGGCCAGUAAGAAGAAGGAGAUAAUACUGCAGGUUACUAUCAAUAACCAGGAGCUUUGGGAGGAAAUGCUGGGUUUCAAAGGACUGAUAGUUGUUGAUGUGUAUCAAGGCUGGUGUGGUCCAUGCAGAACAGUUGUGAACCUUUUCAGAAAAAUAAGGAAUGAGCUUGGUGAUGACCUCCUGCAUUUUGCUGUGGCUGAAGUAGAUUCCAUUGAGGCUCUAGAGAACUACAGAGGAAAAUGUGAACCUACCUUUCUGUUUUAUGCAGGAGGAGAAUUAGUAGCUGUUGUAAGAGGAGCCAAUGCACCACUGUUACAGAAAACGAUCCUGGACCAGCUGGAGGCAGAAAGGAAGGUUUUAGAACAAGGAGCAGAACGUGUGGUGAUUAAGGAUGAAGCCCUCUCCAAGGAAAGAGAAGAUGCCACCAUCAUUCAGGCAGAAGAAUAGGAAGACAAGCUGGAUUAAUAUACCCCUAAUCUUCUGGGAUUGCUUUUUCCAUUGUCCUACUGAAGCGGAGGAGGAAUUUUAGAGACGCCUUUUUGCCUUUUAUACCUGCUGCUUCUACAUACUGUGCUACUUUUGCUCCUCCCUCUGAAGAUAUUUGCACACAACUAAUGUGUUUAUGAACUGGCAUUAAUGAAGAAAUUCAGUAUAUGAUAUUUCUAGCUCUGUUUUUUCUUUGGCACACUACACAUUGGGUGAGAUCCUACAGCCUGUGCAAGAGCUCUGGAAGGCCUCUGAGGCAAUGGAACCAGCAUGAUUCCCUCUUGCCAGGGGAGUCCAGUGCAGGGAGACUAUGUGGGUCUCUAAAGUUCCUCAGAGACUUUUCUAGUCUUGACUCCCUCUAAGCAGCAUAGUGCUGCCCACCACAGCUCUCUCUCCACACAACUACACUGUGUGGUUGGGUGGAGUCAACAGUUCUGUGACCAAGUGCACUCCCUGUUCAAAACACCAGUGGAGGUCCAGAUGUCACUUCCCUCACCUCCAACAGAAACACUAUGCAAAGGAUUGUUACGCAGCUCAGGAUCUGGCCCUUUGUCUUUACUAACUGUAAUAGGGCAACCCAAAGGGCCUCACCUAGAGAAUUCUUUAAAAAACAAAACCAAAGCUUUUCACUCCGAGCAGCUUCCCUGCUUUGUCCGAGGCUGCGUCCAAGCAUAAACCACUUGGGUGUAUGAUGAUGCUAUCUGUAUUGCAAUAGCACCAGGUGUCCCAGUCAUGGAGCAGGACCCCCUGGUGCAAACACACAUUUGUGGAGUGUCUAUAAUAGCAUUUACAAUCCUGUUUGUUAACUCAGUUAAU